CUUCUUCGUCUACUUAUUUUUUUCAAUUUUUCAAACCUUGUCAGCUUUUGUAACUUCUUUUGUUUCCUCCCUUAACUUUUUUGUUCAACUCUUUCAACGAACUUCCUUAUUAAUUUCACUGUUUUUUCAGCUACUUAACCUUUUAUUUUUCGAAUUUAUCAAGUACCUAUAUUCAGCAGCAAAUCGCUGUAACGCCUGAAAGAUCACUGAACCGUAAUCAAUAAAAUGUGUCGAAUCCAAAUUUCCCGAAGAAACUUACAAUCUUUGCUUUUUAUAGCAACUUCGUAAAAUGCUUAUUUCGAGAAUUAGUUUGAAAACAAAUUAUCAUUGUCUGCAUGAAAAAUAAUACUUUUCGGCCAGUUUGAAACCCUGCCGCAGAAUGUUUGUUCGUAAAUUUAUUUUAAUCUCUCUCUCCUUUGAAUAGAAUCUAAUUUGGGAAUCAUUCCUAGCAUCUGGUUUGGCUAUGAUUUUCUCCCGAGGAGUAGAAGAUUAUUCCAUAGUUAUUCCGGCCUUGCUCAUAAUUCCCAAAUCCCGUUCGUUCCACGUCCCGCGUAAGUUCAUCCCGAAUGGACCGGCGCGCAAACAAAUAGAUUCUGAUAAAAGCGAAAGCAAUCGGGGCAGCCCCAACCGGCGAAAGCGUACCGCCUACUAUUCCCGGGAGGCACCGAGAACCGAGGGAUAUCUCAUUACUAGGGGCAUCACUUUCCUUAGCCUGACAGGAGCCGAGCGUGGGGUACUUCCAAGGAAACCCGAGAGCGCCUGGUUAUCAACCGGCAAUUUUCUCAGUUGUCACUAACUUACCACCAUUUGGUAGCCCCUUGGUUGCGUCCUCUACAGUGGCACCGAAGGACGGUGUGUACCUUCUCUACCUUGAUACUAGAACUUGCAGCCAGCAGUAGUUGACUCAGUGCAAGGGAAAAGUGUGAAAUUGAGGAAAAUGCAAUUAAGUGAACGCUUUAUUUAUGAACUGUGAAAGCGACAACGAACGAACGCUGAGAUGCUGCUGCGUGGUUCGGUGCACGGUUGGCGAAGGAGAGGAACGAACAGGUGGCAGCAGUGUCUUGUUUGUGCAGUACACAAGCAGUGACAAUAAACAAUUCAUGAAUACCCCACCGGUGCCGGUGCCUGUGGUUUGAUGCUGGUUUCUGAUUUUCAGAUUACCUUCUUACGACUUGUAGAAUUGAUUCGGGUUUGAGCGAUGCCUGGAGCUUCUGUGCUGGUUUUCGGCACAGGUUGGAAAAAGCUCUUUGUUGAUUUUACACAAAUUGGUUGUAAAUCAGGACUUGUGUGCAAUGAGCUCAGAUU